UUUUGCUCAGCUCUCGCUGUUCAACUUCUGUUUGUCUUUGAUUCCUGAUAAACCCUAGAUUUUCGUUGUACUCAAACUAGGGUUUGAAAAUCAGUUGAAGUGGUCUGAAUGGGUGUUUGAAGUCAAUUGAUAGGAGAAGGUUCUUUGAAGAGAUGUGGUGUUAGUUCUGAGUUUCGUUAUGGCUGGGAAUGCAAGGUUUGAAUUAAAGUCUGCUAGCCCUGACUCAGGAUUUGCUGGCAAUUACAGCAAUGGGCAGAGAGUUUCUUAUACUGGUCCAACCUCGGAUAGGUCUGGGAGCUUCAAUGAGGGUGCUGGCAACCGGGUGUUUGGUUAUGGGAAGGGUACAUCUCGUGCAAGUGGUACAUUGACGGGGGAUAUACCUCCAUGUCGUAUGUGGGAGCAAAUUAUAAUGGGUGAACCAAAAUAUACUCGUUCAGUUGAGUUGAGAAGGGUACUGGGACUAUCUGUAGGAAGCACCUCUGAAGAUAAUUCUUUUGGUCCUGGUCAUUUGAAGCCUUCUCCUCCUGUAUCUAUGGAUGAAGUAAAACGUUUUAGAGCUAACCUUAUGGAUACAUGCAGCAAGGCUAGUGGUAGAGCAAAAAAAUUUGAUGAGCUCCUGCAUAGAUUGAACAAAUAUAAUGAAGUCAAUAGGAAACAGCAAAGGAAUGAGCUAUUAAUAAAUGAAAGAGCAAGCGCUUCAAACUUGAAGAUGGGGACUCAGAUUCACCGAGGGCCUUCAGAACUUGUAACUCAAAAGUCUGAUGAUCGCCCUAAGAAUGGUACUCUAAAUAAGCGUGUACGCACAUCAGUUGCAGAAACUCGGUCUGAAUACCGCAGUAAUGGCCUGCUGAGGCAGCCUGUAUUAAUGACAAAAGAGCGAGAUAUGCAUAAGGACAAUAAUGCAGAUCCCGAUAUGGCUGAAGAAAAGGUUCGCAGAUUGCCUGCUGGAGGUGAAGGAUGGGACAAAAAAAUGAAAAGGAAACGCUCAGUUGGUGCUGUCAUUUCAAGACCCAUUGAUGAUGAUGGUGAAUUAAAACGGAAUGUGCAUCAUAAGCUUUCCAGCGAAGCUGGCUUGCCAUCUUGUGAUUCCCAUGGCUUCAGAUCAGGAAUGCCUGGUGCUUCUGGUGCUAAUUGCAAAUCCGAGGGUACUUCAUCACCUGCUAGUUCUAGUGGUCGUGCAUUACAAAGUGAACAGGAAAAGUCGACUCUUUCUAGGGAUUUGACAGUUGGGUUGAAUAAGGAGAAAUUUUUAGCAAAGGGAAACAUUAAAUUGAAUAGUUGUGAGGAAAGCAAUGCUUGUCCUAGUCCAAUUACAAAAGGAAAGGCCUCAAGGGCUCCACGAAGUGGUUCUCUGGUUGCAAAUAAUUCAGCCUCCACUGCUUCUCGAGUACCUGGAACUCUCGAAAGCUGGGAACAGGCACCAAAUUCAGUAAAGAACCUUUCUGUAGGUGGGGCCAAUAAUCGCAAGCGUCCAUUUCCUGCAGGAUCAUCCUCACCUCCCAUUACUCAGUGGAUUGGUCAGAGACCUCAAAAAAUUUCUCGAACAAGGAGGGUUAAUCUUGUAUCUCCAGUGUCAAACAAUGAUGAGAUACAGAUGCCAUCUGCUGAUGGGUGUUCUCCUUCUGAUCUUGGAGCUAGAUUAACUACUAGCACAGUGAAUGGUCCUCUUUUACCAAAUGGCUCCACCAGUGGCACACAGAACAUCAAAGUCAAGACUGAGAGCGUUUUGUCUCCUGCUAGGUUAUCAGAGAGUGAAGAGUCUGGUGCUGGUGAAAACAGAUUGAAAGAGAAAGGCACUGGCUGUAGUGAGGGAGAGGAAAAAGCUGCACAUGCUAUUCAAAAUAUUGGGCCUUCUAACUCACAUAUGAAGAAAAGCAAAUUCCUUGUCAAAGAAGAAAUCGGUGAUGGUGUACGAAGACAAGGGCGUAGUGGAAGAGUUUCAUCAUUUACUAGGGGUAACAUUUCACCUACAAUGGAGAAGUUGGAUAAUUUAUCCACUUCCAAGCCACUUCGUCCUACGAGGCCUACUUCUGAAAAGAAUGGCAGUAAGUCAGGCCGCCCUUUGAAAAAGCAAUCAGAGCGCAAAGGAUUUUCUCGUCUUGGGCAUCCAACAAGUAGUGGUUCCCCAGAUUUUACUGGGGAUUCAGAUGAUGGUCGUGAGGAGCUCCUAUCUGCUGCAAAAUCUGCAUAUAACUCUAAUGUUCAUGCCUGUUCAAGUGCAUUCUGGAAGAAAAUAGAAGCCUUUUUUGCUUCGAUCAGUUCAGAAGAGAAGUUCUACCUUUCAGAUCAGUUGAAAUCAGCAGAGGAACUUCAUGCAAAACUAACUCAGUUUUCAUGCCCAGAAAAUGGUGUUCUGGGUGAUCACGUGCAAGACGAAAUUUCUCUCUCAGACACAUUUUCUGGUGAUCGAGACAAGUGCAUGAAGAAUCAAUGUGGAUCAAAAGAUUCAGCUAAUGCAGAUCUUGUUGAUAAAGUUCAAGAUCCUAUUUCUUGUGCAAAACCAGACUCUAGUAAAAAUUUUGACAAAGUGACUCCACUUUAUCAAAGAGUAUUAUCAGCUCUGAUCAUAGAGGAUGACCUUGAAGAAUUUGAAGAAAAUGGUUAUGAAAGAUCUUUAUCACUGCAGGGUACAGGGGAUUCACCUGAUGAGGCAUCCCCUUUUAUUGAUUGUGGUAGUAGAAACAUGGAUAGGACGGAGUUUGAAUGUGAAUCUGUAGUUGGUGUUGUUCAGUUAGAGAAGAAUAAAACCUCAAAAUUUGCUUCUUGCAAUGGAUAUGGUACGUACACUAGUAAUGCCGGCAUUCGGGAUUCUCCAUAUAGUAAUGAAAUGCUGCUCAGAGAGAAUGGGUUCAUGCAUUCAGAGAUUGGACUGUUGGUUGACCUUUCUAGAUGUAAUAACUCUGAUGGUCCACAAAAUGUGCUGACUAGUAGUUUCAGUGUUUCCUCCUUGGAUUGUCAAUAUGCUCAAAUGUCUGUUAAUGACAGACUUUUGCUGGAGCUGCAGAGCAUUGGUCUUUACCUAGAAGCUGUGCCUGAUUUAGAAGAUAAAGAAGAUGAAGUGAUUGACCAAGAAAUCAUGCAGCUGGAGAAGGGACUAUAUCAACAGAUUGGUAAAAAGAAGACAUACCUUGGUAAAAUGUCACAUGCAAUACAAGAAGGCAAGGAUGUGGAUCACUGGGACCCUGAGCAGGUUGCAAUGAAUAAGCUUGUUGAGGUGGCUUACAAGAAGCUCUUGGCAACUCGCAAAGCUUCCAAAAUUGGGGUGCCUAAGGUGUCAAAACAGGUGGCAUUGGCUUUUGCUAGGAGAACACUUGCUAGAUGUCACAAAUUUGAGGAAUCAGGGACAAGUUGCUUUAAUGAUCCCGUAUAUCGAGACAUUAUUUUUGCAACCCCUCCUAGGUUUAGUGAAGCAGAGCUUUUAGCAGGGUCCAAGGGUAGUGCUGGGGUAUUAGAUCCAUAUGAUAAUCAUCAAUCUGAUCAGGCGUUUGCUAGAAAUGGACCUUUAUCAAACAGGGGGAAGAAAAAGGAAGUAUUGCUUGAUGAUGUUGGUGGUGCUGCCUUUAGAGCCACGUCCACUCUGGGUGGUGCUCUGUUCGGUGGCGCAAAAGGAAAACGAAGCGAGAGAGAUAGGGACAGGGAUACAUCAGUGAGAAAUGCAAACACAAAAGCUGGACGCUCAUCUCUGGGUAACUCUAAAGGUGACCGCAAAACAAAAACGAAGCCCAAGCAGAAGACUGCCCAGCUUUCUACAUCCGGGAAUGGAUCUUAUAACAAGUUUUUGGAAACAACAAACACCAUGCACACCUCAGUUGCCGGUUCUGGAGAAUGUGUCAACACCAAUGGAAACAUGAAAAAGGAAAGUAACAUGCCGUCUAAUUCAAGAGAGGUCAAGGAAUCUGCUAACGGGGCGGCAAAUUUGCCAUUAAACGACAUUGACCCAAUAGGAGAACUAGGUGUAGAAUCUGACCUGGGCGCACCUCAGGACUUCAAUUCUUGGUUCAACUUCGACGUGGAUGGUUUGGGAGACCAUGAUUCUAUUGGGCUUGAAAUACCUAUGGAUGACCUUUCGGAGUUGAAUAUGUUUUAGUCAUCACAUCAUAUCAUAUCAUUUAAUUGUACAUGCUUGUGGGUGGGUGGGUUAUUUAAGUGUUUAGUGGGAUGAUUUUUCUUGUUUUGAUAUUUAACAUAUAUAGAUAAGUAUGGCCAAUUGGUAUUGUAAUUAUAGCCUUCUUUUCAAUACACUUCUUGGUAAAGUAUUCUCUCAUUGUCAAUGUAAUCUAGUCAGUGUUGCCUUGUAAGACCUUUGAAACAUUUAAUUUUAAGUGCAAUUUUGUUCGUCUCA